CUCUGUCGAGGCAUCCGCGCAACGACUCUGCAGCGAGCGAGCCCAGGGAACAACGAGGGAAGAGAAGGAGGGAGGAGAGGGAAAAAUCAAUCACAAUGCGAUCAGUCAACGCAGGACCAUAAACACAGAGAGAGGGCGAACGGGAGUGCAUUUCCACCACGUUAUCGGCUUUUUUUAAUCAGCUCAAGAGACGGAUAGAUCCAUUGGGGGUUCUUCCUUCUACAGUCAUGUGGGAAUACAAAAGGUUUGUCCACAUCAGACGUCACAAUGAUGACUCCAAGAGACCCAAAGCCCAAGAAGAAACCGCCGAAAGAUAGCUUGACUCUGUUGCCAUGCUUCUAUUUUGUAGAGCUGCCCAUUGUGGCUUCUUCUAUGGUGUCGCUCUACUUCCUGGAGCUGACGGACCUGCUCCAGCCUGCCCAGGUAGGCUUCCGUUGCCAUGACCGCAUGCUGAGCAUGCCCUACGUUGACGGUGGAGAUGAGCUCAUCCCUCUACUCAUGCUGCUCAGCCUGGCCUUCGCUGGCCCGGCCGCGUCGAUCAUGAUGGGGGAGGGCCUGGUCUACUUCAUGCAGUCACGCCUUAAGAUCCGCCCCGGGGUGGAGGGCAGCAUCAACGCCGGCGGCUGCAACUUCAACUCCUUCCUUCGGCGAACGGUGCGCUUCGUAGGUGUCCAUGUGUUUGGGUUGUGUGCUACGGCUCUAAUGACUGAUGUGAUUCAGUUGGCCACAGGUUAUCACACUCCCUUCUUCCUGACUGUGUGCAAGCCCAACUACACACAGCCAGGGGUGGCCUGUGAUAAAAACCCCUACAUCACCAAGGACAUCUGCUCCGGUCACGACCAGCACGCCAUCGUCUCUGCCAGGAAAACCUUUCCCUCCCAGCACGCAACCCUGUCUGCCUUUGCUGCUGUGUACAUAUCAAUGUACUUCAACUCAACCAUCUCAGACAGCACCAAGCUGCUGAAGCCAGUGUUGGUGUUUGCGUUUGCCAUCGUGGCGGCGCUAACCGGUCUCACCCAGAUCACCCAGUACCGCAGCCACCCCAUUGACGUCUACGUGGGCUUCCUCAUAGGGGCCGGCAUCGCUGCUUACCUGGCUUUCCACGCCGUUGGCAACUUCAGGUCCUCCGACGACAUCAUCAUCAAGCCAGCUCCACCCCCCCAGAAGGAGGACGCCCUGCGAGCGCUGACCCAGCGGGGCCACGACUCGGUCUACAACAAAGGUGUCGCCUCAGCAUCGGAGAGCGCCGACGAGAUCGCCGCCCCGCCCUCCCUGGACCGGCUGGAGGGCAUGGGGCGGCCACUACAGCGCGAGAAGGCCUCUAUCGGGAGCUUGAAAAGGGCCAGUGUGGACGUGGAGCUCCUGGCGCCCCGCAGCCCCAUGGGCCAGCAGACCAUGGUGACCUUCAGCAACACGCUGCCCAGAUCUAGCAUGAACGCUAACGGGGGCCUGGGCGCUAACGGAGGCCCAGAGGAGCCCAUGAUGCCUACUCAACCCGUACAAAGGAGGCUCAAGGCUGUGCAAGUGCCCAUGGACCCCAUGCGCUCACAGCAGUUGGUGACGGAGUGGAAGCAGAAGUCCAUGGAGAUGCGGGGUCUGAGCCUUAGGGAUGAAGCCGAGCGAGAUGCCAGUGAGGAGGGCUCCGAAGGGGGGGAGGAAGGGUCCGAGGACGGGGGGCCACAGGCCUCGCUCUAUCCAUCUAUGGUGCAGUCCAACAGGGGAGCUUCCCCCGGUCCAAUCCCCGUCAGUGUGGGGCCUCCAGGGAGUGCCAGGGUGGUGGCAACUCCUAGACCCCCCCACAUCCCCGAGGCGGGUCCCCCGCCAGUGUCGCCCAAAAGCGCACUAACCCGCGCCAAGUGGCUGUCCAUCACAGAGAAGAGCGGUGGUGGCGGGUCGAUUCGCGGGGCACCCAACCAGCCGCGCAUCAUGCAGGUGAUCGCCAUGUCCAAGCAGCAGGGCCUCCUCCCUUCCUCCUCCUCAGGGGGCACGCCCAAGUCCUCCGAGACCACCUCCACCUCCUCCUGCACCUCCUCUACGGCCAGUGCCGAUUCGCCCCACUACCGCCCGCCCUCAGAGGCCCAGCGUGAUUCGGCCAUCAUCACCGUAGACGCCCACGCCCCCCACCACCCGGUGGUGCACGGUGGCCCGCCCCCCUGCUCGGGCAACGGGAACCCCUGGGAGUGGAGGGGCGCGUCCAACGGCAGCGACCCUCGAGACUCCUACGAGCUCAACGACCUGAACCGCGGCGACAGCGUUGGUGCUCGCAGCAGCACCGGCAGCUUCCGGCCGCACCAGACCAUCUCGCCGUGCUCCUCCACCGGCGACGGAGACGCAGAGAUGCUUCCCCCUCUGCCCCUCCCCCACGCGGAGGUCCCCCACGACGGGAGAAGCCGGGAGUCCACUUUACGACGCAAGACUGCGCUAGUCCUCCUGGAGAGGGACAUCCAAUUUCAAAACAAGAGUGAGCAGGAGAACUACUAUAAAAAAAUACAGGGUGGCCGGAGGUAUAAGGAUUAGUCACUAACUAACUGAUAAGCCUUACAGUCAAACCACAAAACAGCACAAAACCUGGACUGACAAGCUGGGCUCUGCUGUUAUGCAUCUCUCGGACUUUGUGUGUUAUCAAAGGAGCUGUGCAAAGCUGUUGUAGGCUACUAUGAUGUAUGCUAGAUGGAGGGAAACAUCUCGAGUUGAUGUGGGAACCUGAGGUAUUUUCAGGAGCACAAAGACAUUUUUCAAAGGUUCAAAUCAGAAGCACACCACCACGCAACACAAACCAAAAAAAGGACAACGUAUUAAAGCUCCGUCUACUGAGCCGAACCAGGCAGUUUUGCUACAUUUCUUUAUUGACUCCAUCUUCCUUUCAAUGUUUCUCCUGUUAUGACCACUCGAUGGGCUGAUUGUCUAGUGUUGGAAUGGCAUCUACUGUAUGUUGUGUUAUCUCCGGUGUUAGUGCUUGAUUGCUAAUGUGUAGAUUCUGAGCAUGUAUGUCUGGGUGUUUUUGUGUGUUUGGGUCAGUGGGUCAGGUGCUUGUGUGUAUGGGUGUGUGGGUAUGUGUUGAAGAAGCAGUGUGCUUUCAAAAAAAAAGACGUUAUUCUGCGGCAGAAUGUUCGGAGGCCCGUGAUGGUGCCCAUUCUCGACGAAGUUCAGAACUUGAUCUUAACUUCAGAAUGAAGAACAACAACAAAAUGUAACAUGAACUUCCUUCUUUUAAUGGAGAAUACCAAGAGGACUGAAUGGCUGUAAAUCGUGCAAAGGAGUGCUUUUCAAUUUCAACAUUUCCAUAUGGAUGUUACUUUUGAGACAGCGACGGGAGUACCCCUUGAUUUAAAGCAUUAACCGUGUGUAAUUUUGGGCUGGACACGGUAUAAGAGAAACCACAAUAAGAAAAGUGACCUCAGUCAUUUGAUCAAAGCAAUAGAUGCAGUAUGUGUAUAAUAGAAUGGGUUAUUUUGAAGGUUUCUUUUUGCUGAUCAUUGAACGCCUCGAAGUGAACAUGUAUACAAAUCAGCAUACUCCUGUGGAUGGACUACUGCAUGUAUGUGGCUGUCAGGUUGGAAAUACUACUUUGUCAGUAAACAAGAACAAACAAAAAAAGAAAUUAAAAGUUGUCGUUAGUAACUGAACUGUGAGGUACUAGUGUGGCAAAUGUUGCAUAUCUGAGACUUUAUUGUCCACCAAAGCCCUUCAACUUACAAUCAGAAGAUGCAUCAAUUCCUCACAACAGCUUUAGAAUAUGCUGUAUUUUGGCUUCUUUCAAAGUGUGUUUUAGUGCUGCUCACGAAAUUCCAGCCGUGUGCCUUUUUAAUUGGAAUUUACAACUGUUAAGGAGAUCGCAUUCAUGGUAAAUUCUGCAGAUUUCUGCUCAAAAGUAAAUUACCUUUAAAAGGACCUUCCGACACCGCCUUAACAAGUGCAAUACAUUUGUUGUCAAUGCAUUUCGGGUUGAAUCCUGGCCUUAGUGUGUCGACUGUAUCAUUUAAUUCAGCAAAUUAUGACCCAACGAACCCAUUCCUUUUUGUUUGUUUUUAUUUUUUGCCCCUUUUUCUGCCCAAUUUCGUGGUAUCCAAUUGGUAGUUACAGUCUUGUUUCAUCGCUGCAACUCCCGUACAGACUCGGGAGCGGCGAAGGUCGAGAGCCAUGCGUCCUCCGAAACACGACCCAACCAAACUGCUUCUUGACACAAUGCCCACUUAACCCAGAAGCCAGCCGGACCAAUGUGUCGGAGGAAACACUGUACACCUGGCGACUGUGUCAAUGUGCACUGCGCCCGGCCCACCACAGGAGUCGCUAGUGCGCGAUGGAAUAAGGACAUCCCUGCCGGGCCAAACUCUCCCCUAACCCGGAUGACGUUGGGCCAAUUGUACGCUGCCCCAUGGGUAUUCCGGUCGCGGCCGGCUGCGACAGAGCCUGAAUCCCAGAAUCUCUAGUGGCACUAGAGAUACCCAGAGUCCCUGGUUUGAGUAGCACCCUGAGUUGUCCCAUAAAAAUACAACAAUAUCUUAGACUAGAAUGAUUAGGUCACACAGUCUGUGUUCCUAGAGUUGGCCUACCGUAACACUGUACUCAUGAAUCAUGCAUGAAUCUUCUUCCAAAAGGAAAUGAGUCAGAAAGAGUAUUGGCUGUGUGGGGUAUUAGGCUCUUUAAAGGCCGUCUAUUUUCCUCAUUCUAAUACUCUCAGCCACCAUGAUACACAUCGAUCCUCAUUACAAUAUAGGCUACCAUAAGUAGUUAAUUAAAGACCAAAUAGACCACUAUUUUGUCUAGAAAGUAGACACAUUGGUUUGUCUGGGAACAGCACAAUGUGUUCUCCCCCAUUUGUUUAAUUAAAGUAGUUUAUCCUAAACACACUCAAAUGCACAACAGACUACACAACCGUUGGAGAGGCACUCAUUUGCUGGAUUACCGUGCGAGUUGGGGUUCACUAGCUAGGCGAUCAGGCUGGUGUCAGGGAGAUGGAGAGAGAGAAGGCAGCCCCAGGCACCAAGCAGAUUGCUGUGGAUGGUGUCCACGGCCACUGGGGGUCUAAAUGAGCACCAAAACGCCUGCGGGUAUAUACACUGACUAUGAUUUAUUACUGAGAAAUAUGCUAAACAGACACACAGGCAUGUACGCUCACACACACAGACACACACACGUGUUCACAUGAAUGUCUCCACUCACAAAGGCACACAUGCAUAGCUACAUACAGUACUACAGGAAUUCACUUCAUUAACCAAAUGGGAUCAUUGCAAAACACAGCAUUGCAUCUUCUCUGUUUAAUAAAUUAAGCUAAACUAUG